AUGAACGAAUAUACUAGAAUUCAAGCCUUAAAACAGAACAUCAGUAGGGAGCGUGAAGGAUUUGAGGAAACCCCGUUUCAGCAAGUCAUAUCUGAGCCCAGAUUAAAGUUUCAAAUCACAGCUCUGUUUCAAGGGCUUGAAGAACAAAUGUUUAAACUUCAAAAAGAUCGAGAAGAUUUUGAAAUCAGCAAAGUUAGAUCAAUUGAGGAAAUAGAGGGUAUGAAAUCUUAUCUGCUGGAGCAGAGAAAAGACUUUGAAGAGGAAAGAUCUCUAUCAGAGUACGAGAUCAAUGAAAUUCAGACUUUUCAGCAAGAUGAAAGAGAAAUGAUUGAACUUUUGAAAUACAAUUUAGCAGUUCAAAGCAACGACCUGCAGGAAGAAAAAGUAAAAUUACAAGAGGAAUGGCAUCAUCUCGAGCAGGCUAAACUCCAAAUGAAAGAGGUUUAUGAAAACCUGCAGGAGGAAAAUGAGAAAUUGAAGACAAACAUAAAGGAUAUCGAGAGAGCCAAAGCAGACGCUGAUAGAGAGAUUGAAAACAUGAAAAUUCAACUCGAAGCAGAUAAAACGUUGUUUGAACAGACGAAGAAAAGCUCUGAGCUGGAGUUUGUAACUAUGAGAGAAGCUUUGGAUGAUGAGAAACGUCAUCUUGACUGUGAGGAAACAGAGUUUGAGAAAACAAAGACUGAAUCACAGCAGGAGAUAAGAGACACCAUUCAAAUGCUGAAUGAUGAGAAAACAUAUCUAGAAAUUAGAAUUGGACAUCUACACGAAGAGCAAUCUGAGUUUGAACAGAAAAAGACUGAAGCUGAACAGGAGAUAAGAGACACCAUUCAAAUGCUGAAUUAUGAGAAAACAUAUCUAGAAAUGAGUACGGGAUAUCUAAAAGAAGAGAGACGCGAGCUGGAAGCCAGAUCCCAGCUCGUGGACAAGCAGAAGGCUACAGUUGAGGAGGAAAGGCGUGAACUUCAGGAACAAUCGAUUAAACAAAACGAUGAGAAAAAGAAACUGGAGGAAACAAAAAUCAAAUUGGAUCAGGUCUACGACAAACUGCUGAAAGGUAAAGCUAAACUGAAGAAAAACAUCCAAAAGUUUAAGACUAACAAAGCAGAAAUGCAGCAGAUGAUGGGAAGUCUAGAAGAACAGAAAAAGGUGUUCGACGAGACAAAGAAAAGCUCUGAGCAGGAUUUAAUAAAUAUGAGAAAAGCUCUGGAUGACGAGAAACUUCUGCUUGAAGCUAGUAAAGAAAACCUAAAUAUGCAGAGAAUUGCGUUCGAACAGAAAAAGACUGAAGCUGAACAGGAGAUAAGAGACACCAUUCAAAUGCUGAAUGAUGAGAAAACAUAUCUAGAAAUUAGAAUUGGACAUCUACACGAAGAGCAAUCUGAGUUUGAACAGAAAAAGACUGAAGCUGAACAGGAGAUAAGAGACACCAUUCAAAUGCUGAAUGUUGAGAAAACAUAUCUAGAAAUGAGUACGGGAUAUCUAAAAGAAGAGAUACGCGAGCUGGAAGCCAGAUCCCAGCUCGUGGACAAGCAGAAGGCUACAGUUGAGGAGGAAAGGCGUGAACUUCAGGAACAAUCGAUUAAACAAAACGAUGAGAAAAAGAAACUGGAGGAAACAAAAAUCAAAUUGGAUCAGGUCUACGACAAACUGCUGAAAGGUAAAGCUAAACUGAAGAAAAACAUCCAAAAGUUUAAGACUAACAAAGCAGAAAUGCAGCAGAUGCACAAUCAAUUUCCCCCUGGGAUUAAUAAAGAAAAAGAACCACAUUUGGCGACCACGAAGCGGGAAGUAGAGGUGUGCUCUCCGGAUUCGGUUCACGAUCUGCGGAAACUUGACUCCGGGCCCCCUUUAUAG